AUGGUGUCAACUGCCAACAGUGCCCCCAGCAAUGGCAUCACCGGGGGCUAUACUGGCCACGAUCUGGGCCUGCAAAUCGCCAUGGGCACCUUCAUAGGUAUAGCCUGGUACAAUGCCAUCGAACUCAUCGCUCUGAUUUUCGUGACAUUCCGAAGUUACCGUGGCCUGUACUUUUGGAGUCUUCUGAUUUCGUCCGCGUUUGGGGUGUUGCCGUAUUCAGUCGGGUUCUUGAUGAAGUUUUUCCAGCUCACGUCGGCGACGUGGUUGUCCGUUACGCUGUUGACCCUCGGCUGGUAUACAAUGGUUACUGGUCAGUCAAUGGUGCUGUAUUCCAGACUCCAUCUGUUAAAUAGGAACCCCAAUGUGCUGCGGCCGGUGCUGUGCAUGAUUAUUGUUGAUGCGAUUGUCUUGCACGUCCCGACGACGGUGUUGACAUAUGGCUCGAAUUUUGCUAGUUCAAACCAUCGCUAUGUGGAUGGGCAUAAUAUAAUGGAGAAGAUCCAGAUGACGGGAUUCUGUCUGCAGGAGUUUAUCCUGUCCGGCAUCUAUAUCUAUGAAACCAUUGUCUUGUUGAGAGCGAAUCCGGAACGUGGAAGGCGCAAGAUCAUGUAUCAGCUCAUUGCCAUCAACCUGAUCAUUAUCCUGAUGGACAUUGCUCUACUUGUGGUUGAGUACAAAAACAUUUAUGUGAUAGAAACCACGCUCAAGGGGGCCAUCUACAGCAUUAAAUUGAAGCUUGAAUUCGCCGUCUUGGGACAAUUGAUCCGACUUGUGCGCACACACUCCUGGAAACCCCAAUCGGCGAUACCCGGUGCUGUCAAUGGUACCAACGGAUUGAAUAUCAUCAAUGACGAUGCUCCUCCUGACUUUGUGGAUGCAAGUCGUGUCACUUCUGAUCUUACACAUGCCACGCCACCACCACGCAAUAGCUCCCAUCAUCGCCCUUUUGAUGAUAUGGAUGAUAUUUCAAUAGCCAUGUUUGAGCAUUCGACGCCGUUACAGGAUCAGGAGGAGAUUCCUGAUAUGCGGGAAAUACGGACACAGGGUAUGAAUUCGACUGAAAAAUCCUGGAGUGGAGAGACGAGGAUGAUUGGAAAUGCACCUCAGAUUCCCGACUCGGAGACGGUGGACUUUGCAGAUGAGGCACAUACAAAUGCAAAUGCACAUGAUCAGGGACGUUAUUUGUCAAUACGACUGUCUAAUUAUGAUCAACCGGGUUGA